ACCUCCCCCAGCCAUGAGCAUCACUGCAGACACCCACUUCCCCCAUGCGUCCUCACCUCACAGACGUGGCUCGAGUGUAUUGAGAGGGGGAGGUGGAGCUCAGUGGCUCAUCUGACGCUUACAGAGCCAACCACAAAUGAGGAAGUGGGGGCCACCCACGCACACACCCCCCCCCCCCAGAAUGUCUGGUCGCUUCAGUUCCAAUAUAGAUCAGGUCACCAGCAAAAUAAGCUUGACGGGUCUUAGCCUUGGCAUUGUCUGGGCUGCAGGUUGGGAGUGAGGGGCACCAACAGAGCUUUGGAGGGGAGAUAACAGAGUUCUGCGGGUCGCGAAUGAGGGACACCAACAGAACUGUGGCAGAAGUUGAUCUGCUGGCCCCCUUCCUUGUCUCUCUCUUCUGUUCUUUCCUUUCCCUGAACCCCUCCCCGGCCUGGUAUGUCAGUGUCGAAGCAGCCAGCUCCCCGCCCCCAGAGUCCUGGGGAACUAGGGACCAAGGAGGGGCUGGGAAUGGGGGAGCCAGGAUAGGGGCUCUUCUGCAGAUGUUUGGAACCCCAGUAGUAGGGGGGAGUCUGUGUGGAAGGGACAGGUUUGGGGGAGUCAGUUCCAGGUAGGCAGGAUCACAGUUAGCUGGGGGGCAAGUUCAGUUCUGGGGUGCAGGGUGAUUAUUUGUCUGCCAGCUGCUCUCUUUUCCCCUUCCCCCCACUAUCUCUGUGGGGUCUGACAUCUCCCCCACCAAUUCCACUCUGCUGGGCUCAGCAACUGCAGAGAAAGCAGAACUGUGAAUGGGGGAGCACUGGGUAGGUGCAGGGAGUCGGGGUAUGGUGUAGGGUGUGUGUGUGUAGAGGGGUGUCACUUCAGGGGUCAGGGCAGCAACUCUGUUUCUGCCCCUGGGGGCCAUUGCCUCCACACUGGGAGCCUCAGCCUUUUGUCCCCAGCGUCGUCCCCCCCCCCCCCCCGCAGGAGGAAGCUGCUACAGAAAAAGGAAAGCGGCUCCCCAUCCCAUACCAGGAUCUGGAAUUGAGCAGGCUGCUUCACCAGGAGCUGAGAGCAGAGCACCCUGCCCAGAACCCAGGCUGCACCAAGGCCCACCCUUAACCCCCCAGCAUGGCAUGCCAGCCGGCCACACCCUAUGGCUGGAUUUGACGGCUUCCAGCACAGCAGCACCUCCCCAGCGGCUCCCCAUGAUGCUCUCAUCCAAUGAGACGACGGGACACACCAACUGAUGGCCAGUGGCCAUAAAGGAGAAAGCUGAUUGGAAAGGGGUAGAGCACAUAGUUGUCCUUCCCAGCCAACUGGAUUGUUCCUUUGACUCUCGCUCUCCCAAGCCUGCGUGCAUGUGAUCAGUGGCCGCAGCUCUCCAUCCACCAGGCCGUCUCAUUCCCGUUUUCCGGGGGGGGGCGUGCUGGUGGGGGGGAGGACCAUGCAGUCAGAUGACCUCUUCGUCCGCAAAAUCCGGCGCCACUCUGCCCGGCCCCCUCUGGCCUCCAUCUCCUUCGACGCCAAGGGACUCCCGGCCCCCCUCCUGCGACCCCCCUGGAGUGAGGUGACCCAGGGGCUCUCCAGGGGGCAUGGCACCCCCCCUGGCCUGGCCCUAAGGCCUGCCAGCCACAUCAUGCACCGCAGCAACAGUGACGUGACCCUUGGGGAGGGAGUGGCGGGAGAUGGAACACCCCCCUCUUUGUCACUGGUGGAGAGUGGGGAUUGCGGGCUGCACCGGGACUAUGGCAGCCUGAGCUCCGUUGAGAAAGGGCCGGGGCCCCCCCGCACCCGCGCCCACAGCCACGAGGAGCCACGGGCGGGCAGCCCAGCCGCCCGGCGCUUCUGGGACCCCCUGGUGCUGCUGGGGCUCACGAGAGAUGAGGUGUGGGAGGGGGAUGGCCAGGGAUGUGGGACCGCCAUGCCAGAGCAGGACAAGGGAGAAGAGCCCCCCAAGUUUCCCCCACAGAUCUGGGUGCGCCAGCUGGCCCACUAUGAUGUGCAAAGCAUCCUCUUUGAUCCAGGUGAGGCGACCUGGUGCCAGGGCAGUGCCGGGCGCCGGGUGCGUAACAUCACCACAGGGGCCUCAGCCGCCUCAGCAGGGCCUACCCCAACCCCUGUCCCUGAGGAGCCUGACCCAGGUGAUGGCAAGGACGGGUCUCUAGUGCUCAGUUGCCCCCACUUCCGCAAUGAGAUUGGAGGUGAGGAGGAGGGGGGACUGGGUCGGCGCCAGGAAGCAGGAGGGGGCGCCGGGCAGCUGCCCAAUGCGGCCGUGUCAGUGCUGGAGGAGCCACGAGAGAGUUACCCCACCAGGGGCAGCCGGACCACCCACUACAUUGAAUAUGCCGACCUGGGCGCCAGCUACUACCGCAAAUACUUCUAUGGCAAGGAGCACCAGAACUUCUUCGGGGUGGAUGAGCGCCUGGGAGCAGUGGCCGUGUCACUGCGGCGUGAAGAGAAGGAGAAGGAGGGUGCCAGCCUGCAGUACAACUACCGCCUCAUCCUGCGCACCAGCGAGCUGCGGACCCUGCGUGGCUCAGUGCUGGAGGAGGCGCUGCCCCCCACCGCCCGUCCCCCCGCUGCCCGUGGGCUGUCCCCCAAGAAGCUGCUGGAGCAUGUGCUGCCCGACCUGAACCUGCAGGGGCUGCGCCUGGCAUCCAACUCACCCAAGGUGCCCGAGACGCUGCUCAAGCUGGACGAGCAGGGGGUGAGUUUCCAGCGCAAGGUGGGAGUUCUGUACUGCCGGACUGGGCAGGGCUCCGAGGAGGAGAUGUACAACAAUGAGGGGGCCGGCCCCCCUUUCCAGGAGUUCCUGGAGCUGCUGGGCCAGCACAUCCAGCUGCGCGGCUUCACCAAGUACCGGGCCCAGCUUGACACCAAGACUGAUUCCACAGGCACCCACUCGCUGUACACCACGUACCAGGACUAUGAGAUCAUGUUCCACGUCUCCACUAUGCUUCCCUACACACCCAACAACAGCCAGCAGUUGCUACGGAAGCGUCACAUUGGCAACGACAUUGUCACAAUCAUCUUCCAGGAGCCGGGCGCACAGCCCUUCACACCCCGCACCAUCCGCUCACACUUCCAGCAUGUCUUCAUCAUAGUGCGCGCACAUGAGCCCUGCACCGAGCGCACCACCUACAGUGUGGCAGUGAGCCGCACCAAGGACAUCCCACUCUUUGGGCCUCCCAUCCCAGCUGGGCACCGCUUCCCCCGGACACCUGCCUUCCGGGACUUCUUGCUGGCCAAGGCCAUCAAUGCAGAGAAUGCGGCUGAGCGGUCAGGCAAAUUCCACGCCAUGGCUACCCGCACGCGCCAGGAGUACCUGCAGGAUCUGGCACGCAGCCAUGCAACCACCACCAGCCUGGAGGCCUCCUCUUCCCGCCUACCUCUGCUCUCCCUGGGCGCCAAGAGAAAGGAGCGGGCCAAGGGGGCCAAGGCCUGGGAGCUGCAGAGUGCAGGGGCCCUGGUAUGGAGCGUGCGGGCACGGGAUGGAGACCGGGCUGCCCCCGAGCUGCCCUGCCUGCUGGGUAUCUCCGCCGAGUUCCUGGUGCUCAUCGAGGCCAAGGGCAAGCGAGUCAUCUUCAACUGCUCCUGUCGUGACAUGCUGGCCUGGACCUACUCUGACUGCGGCCUGGACCUCUACUACGGCUCCGGGGAUUACAUCUCCGUGCGGCUUCCUGACGGCCAAGGGGAUGAGGUCAAGGACAUUGUGAACCGGCUGCAGCUGGUGACGCGAGGCUGUGAGACGCGGGAGCUCACCCUGCUGCGGAAUGGGCUGGGCCAGCUGGGUUUCCAGGUGGACAGCGAGGGCUUCGUCACCGAUGUCGAGCGCUUCACCUUUGCGGAGAAGGCCGGCCUGCAGCCUGGUGCCCGGCUGGUGCGUGUGUGUGAGAGGGCACUGCCCAGCCUCAGCCACACCCAGACUACUGAGCUUCUGCGCACUGCCAAGAAAGUCACCAUCACCAUGGUGCCUCCUGACGAGAAUGGCAAGCCACGCAGGAGUUUCUCCGAGCUCUACGUGAAGUCCCUGCAGGAGAAGCGGCGCAGUGAUUCCCCAGCAAGGGAGCCCCCCCGGAUGGCUGGGGGCCCGGGGCCGGAGGGAGAGCUGAGACCGGCCACCCUGCAGCUGCUGCGCUCACUUUCCCUGCAGGACGGGCCCCCCCAUAGCCUGGCUGAGGAGCGCACCGAGUUCCUGCGCAGCCACAGCGAGGGCACUGCUCCCCCCAACCUGCCGUCCCAGAGUAGGGAGAUCCCCAUGUUACCUGACCCCACACCUGACCUCAUCCUGGCAGCCACGCCCAAGGGGCCCCCUGAGCGGGAAAUGGACCAUCCAGGAGACCCCACAUCGUUGGAGCAGGCUCCCUCCGAUCAUGGGGUCAUGGAUAACCAGGCUCCGCCCCCUAGUGAGACGACCCCGCCCACCUCAGACAUGAGUGACACCGAGAAAUUCCUGCCCCGGACGCUCUCGUUGAGAAACUCCAUCACCAAGAUUCUGUCAGAAGCCGGUGAGUCCCUGGAGGAGGAGUGGGACUCCAUCUCCAACCUGGCUACCACCUGCAACAGCAUCCUAGAGGCGCUCUCGAAGGAAGGAGGGCAACACAUGCUGGAGAGCAGAGAGCCCCCUGGUGGGAGUGGCCAGAGGAACCCAGGCCAGCAGCCCUCCGAGGAUGAAGGCCAUCAGUCCCGGUCGCUGUCGGAGAAGGUCUCUCACUUGGAGGCCAUGCUAAAGAAGCUGCAGGAGGACUUGCAGCAGGAGCAGGCAGCCAAGGCAGCACUACAGGCUGAGGUGCAGAGUCUGCGGCAGAACAACCAGCGGCUGCAGCAGGAGCAGGAGAGUGCGGCUGCCCGGCUCAGCCAGGUCACCCGCCUGCUGUGUGGUUCCCCCAGCCAGUCCCUCUAGGGGCCCGGGGCCCCCUCCAGGCUCCCCUGCCCAGUCAUCCCCCCACCGCCUCUGUCUCCUCAUUGACCCCACUUCCACUCCUCCCCUCUCUGGUCCACAGGAGGCACUGUUGUUACCCCUAGAAGGGACCACAAUCUGAACUGCACUCUGGGGGGCCCACUUUCCGACUGGCCAUGCACAGCGGAUUCUGACUACCAACCUCCCCGGAAUAUGGCUUCUCAUCUCUCAAGACUGUUACUGCCGGAGAGCCCAGCACAGACUCACCAGCCCAAAGGCCACUGCCAGGAGCAGGUCCUGAUAUCGGGGUACAGGCGACACCCCCAGUUCCAGCUGACUCAGCUCACACACAGAUCUCAACUCUUUGGUAAAUCUGACUGUAAUGGGGUGGAGGUUGUAGCCUUGUCAUCUGGAGGCGGGCACAGGAGGGAGGGCUGAUGUUGCUGAGCAGGAGUAAGAAGGAGGGACUUAAUGGCACGUUUGACCUCGACCCCUUCAGAAAAAAUCAGUUUGCAAUACCCUCCUACCCCAUCCUGCUGCAUCAAUCCAGGCCUCAGGAAAAUCCUGGCAUGAGAGAGAGAUGAUGCUACUCUCACACUCAUGCACACACAUACAAAUGCUCACACACACAUGUGACUGCACACAUUCAUGCACAUUUACACACACAUGUGACUGCAUACACACACACGACUGCACACACUCACACUUGCGCACACUCUCAUACAUGUGCUCGGCCAGGUGCACUCCUCACACCUGCUCAGAGUGCUCCCAGUCCCACAUGCCCUCACACUGAUCCAUGCCCGUGCAGACUUGUGCUUGGGCAGACCAUGCUCACACUGGUGCAUGCUCACACUCACGUGCUCUCACUCAAGCUCCCAUGUACUGACACAUGCUCCCAUGCAAACACACACUCUAACACCUUCACCUGGGUUCCCAGAUCCCCCAAAGCCCCACCCCCAUCCAGCACUGACCCAGCCAGCGUGGGAACCUCUUGGCCUGAAGAGGGCACCGCCCCGCCUGGUAACUGUGAAGAUACUGCAAGCUGUGAGUUAAUGCCCCCCCCCCCGCACCCCAACCCAACCCAACCCAGACCAGCCUCCCACAUAGCAGGAAAGAGAUAUGGGGACAUUGCUUCUGGUCACCUGCUCCCACCCAGCAGUGCCCCUCCCUCUGCACAAGCCUAUCCUCCCCUACCUCCCCCCGCACUCCUUGGAGGCAUAGCCAUGGGUACAGGGCCCAGUUCCGCAUUUGGUGCUUGGGGAUAUUUCUGGAGAGUGUCCCCUGUGACAUAGGGGGUUUUCAUAUCUCCUUUUGGGUUGUAAAUAUUUUAGUACCAAGCAGAACACAAGUGUUUGUUUCAGGUUUAUUUGUUUGUAUGUUAGUUUUUUACACUGAAAAUGGCCCAUCUUAGAUCCAGAGAAUCUGUGUCUGACAUGAAUGUACAAAUCGCAGCGUGUCUGUCCCCCAGUCCCUCUGUGCAAUAAAGAGCCGAUACGCAGCUCCCAGGGUCCGACACCA